GCCUGACCUCCAAAAUACUGUCCGACAGGUCUAUGUACAAGCGGGCGGCGUAUCGGAAUCAUCAGAUGACCGGCGUGGUUCCUUAUUGACCAGCGCCCGCAACAUGUUGCACCAGGAACUGCAGAGGCUGGAUAUAACAGACGAUAUCAAGCACAACUAUUCCAGAAAUAUUCUCAAUGGAGACCUCGACUCUGUUCUAGUGGUUCUUUUUGCGAGCACGGAGAGGAUUGAAAUACUGAGGGUAGCCUCCACCAAAUUGCGAUUGAAAGGCUUACUCGAUGUCUUUGACCCGGACGUGGCAGGUCUAUACUUCAAUCUCAAGCACCUAAAUCUCUCUUUCGUUUCCGAGGGCCCGGAACUGGAAUUCUUUGAAAUUGGAGACAUAAUGCACCUGUUCUUCCUCCCAUUCCUGGAACACCUGGGUGUAACACACUGCAUCGGAGAACCUUCACACUUGUCUGGACUGGAACUCUCCUUGGGCAAAAUAAACCUCUCAUCCAUCUCACUGGUGGACAGUUGUAUGGACAAAGACACGCUUGAGAGCAUAUUGAACGCAAGUAGAUAUGUGAAGUCCUUCAAGUACACCGCAUGUCCGCUCCUUAAUGAAGAGCUAGAAUCUGUCCCAGUGAAUGGUGAUGAUAUCAUGCAAGCACUACAGUUCCAUAAGAACAACCUGGAGAUAUUACAUAUUGAGUUGGACGACAUAGACCUAGAAAUCGACGAUCAAAACCGCCAUACCAAGCUCGACCACUUUGCGUCAUUUUCCAACCUUCAACAUCUACACACCGAGCAGUCUUGUCUGUCGACUAGCCCCAAGCUUCCUGAAAGCCUAAAGGAGCUAAUACUUGAAAACUGUGACGAACCAAUCUUUGAAUUAGUAGUUUUCCUUGUCAAGGAACGCAAGACACGACUGAAGCGCCUUGGUGUUGUGUACAUUCAGCCGCUGUGGUCACCAUGCACUUCCGUGCUCGACAUAUUUCCCCAGUUCAACAAAAAAGAACUCUACGACAACGAGGUUUAUCGAGAGAGAUUCAAAGAUAGCGUCGAGGAGUUGGUGUCAAUUGCUCUUGAUGGUGUUGGCCUCCUGCUUUUUAUCGCAUGUGAGUGCUAUCAAGAGUGCGUGAGGAUGCUGAAUAGGGAAAUGGGACUGUUUAGGGAAGAUGAGGAAUCCUCGUAGGAUGGAUGUUGAUGUACAGUGAAUUAUUUGAAGAUAGAAGGCGGCUAAUGUAUGUGUCUAUUAAUGUAACCCCAUAUGCUUAUCAAUCAAUACAGACCGC